CCCGAGGAUCAUUGGGAAUGAAAAUCCAACGAGAUCAACUCCUCACUUGGUAYGUACUCGUACGAUUUGUACCAGUACAGCAAGUUCGACGUACUCGUGUGCGAUGCUAUGGGAAGCCUUCAAUCAAAAUCAUCAUCCCUCAUCGGUCUUUCGUGGGUGAUGGACAAAAUCGGUACAGUUACUUACGGAAUACAUACGUACAUUCGUUGCUACAGUACAAUUUGCCGACGAGAGCAUAGCAGUACGACGCACGAAGUGCAAUAAAUAUCGUUGAUAAUUUUGUGGUGUGUUUMCGAGGAAAAAAUACGAUUGCCGAAUAAAAGUAGGAGUUGCUCUUGUUCCUCCUUCCCAAAAGCGUUCGGUCUUCUCGCUGCCCGUUGUUGCAGCUACAGUACGCACAAAGCCAAGGCAAGAGCAUCUAGUGAGCUAGCGGUUCUCGGUCRAAGACGAAACGGGGCGAUACCGCACCGCACCACAACAAAACAWARYAUAGCAUAGCAWAGCAUACCGUGCGAAAGCAUCGAGGGAGAAACCUUCGGAUCCACCCUCCCCGUACCUUUUUCUUUGGAKUCCAGAUACAGUASACGRUACCCAUCCGGUUCGGAUCGCACGGUUCUUCUGCGCAAUCGUCUCCGUCAGAAGCAUCGGAAGCAUGGCACGACACAGAGAGUGCAAGCGAUCGAGGCCGAUGCACGCCGUCCCUUUGUGGGCAGUGUUGGUGGCGGGCCUGUCCACCGUCCUGCUUGCAUCCACGGGCGGGAAUCCUCCCCUCGCGGAAGCCCUCUCCCUGCCGAACCACCACCAGAGGAGAACGCCCUCGACGCGGAGAAGAAGCGGCCCGUCCACCUCGAAAAGCCCCCCGGUGGAACCCAACACGAGGCGGAGGAGGAGCCAGUCCCGAUCCUCGUCCACCUCCUCCCCGCUCAUUGUCUUUUACGGAAGCCUUAUGGACCGCCUGAUGCCGAGGCAGGCCAACAGCGGCAACCGCAGCGGAAGCACCGGCGAAAACAACAACAAMAACAACCACGAAAACCCAAACCGAACAAAGAACGACGAGGAACUCUUCGCCGAGGACAUGAGRAAUCGAAAACAAGAAUUCAUCCAGCGCUACGAGCACAUUCGGGGGAGCGGCCGGUGGGGUGGAUACGCACUGCAGGGGAUCCAGCAAACAAAGGCCGUGGCAAGCGCAAAGGCAAGCACAAAGAAAGACGCCCGAGCGGCCCCGCUCCCCGUGGUGUCGUCCACUUCCGAAGCAGGGCCCAAGAAGAAGGGCGGCGAAAGGUCCCGCAAACCAAAAAAGCGGCCCGCCAUGAUUCAGAUCAGGGACAUCCAGCACUACAAGGAAGAAGUGGUGGACGCCAGGGACGCCUCGCUGGUGGUGGUUCGGUUUUAUGCUUGUAAGUAGGAAACGAAACGAAACGAAGCGGAAGCSUUCUCRCCGGCCUGCUCCGAGCGGUUGGGGGGUCGAAGGCAACUCCUGCCUGUGGUAGUGCCAUAGCUAGUUAGCUCGGGCCGACUGUUUUCUUUGUUGAGUCMGAUCCAGCUCUCGAAUGCUACCCUCGAUCUCGUUCGAUCGAAUGCAUCGUCUCGAGAAAACAACCUUUAUUUUGUUGUCUCAUUCCCGUUUUUCUUCUUCGUUUCGCCCAACCUUGCCUUCGACACAAAACAAAACAAAACAAACACAAACACAUACCGUAGCUUGGUGCAAGGCCUGCAAGGCCAUCGAGAGCAGCUUUCACCGUCUUCCCCAAGAAUUCCCCGACACGGUCAAGUUCGUCGAGGUGCCUCUCACCAAAGAGAACGCCUACCUCCACAAGGGCCUCGGUGUCUCGAGCCUUCCCUUUGCCCACGUUUACUACAACGAGGACCACCCGGACAAUGCACUCCGCAACAAACGCAGCGGCGACCUCGAGGAGAUUGUCAUCGACAACAGCGGAGGCAGCAGCGGCGAAGGAAACGGUGCUCCGGCAGAGGAGGAAUCGUCGUCGUCGUCGUCGUGCACGCUGGUCGAGGAGCUCAAGAUCAGCCGGAACAAGUUUUCCGAGUUCCGCAGGGUCCUUCGGUCCUACGUCGACGGAGAAUGCAACGUCUACUUUUCGUCCUCUCCCGACGACGACGACAACAACGACAACGACAAGGUGGUCACCGUUCUGUCGGCGUCGCCGCGACGCAGCAGAACCAGCGUCCCGAUAUGAAGGAACCGAAAGGGUCCCGAGACAAAAAAAGGGUUGUUGAUUCGAUUGCGAUUGCGAUGGAUUGGAAAACAACGCCGACGGCACGGAACGGAACAAUGCAGCGCGGAACAAUGCAGCGCACUGGAACCAGACGCCUCGGGAGAUCUUCUUGCCGGUCCGGAUCCACUUUGCGUUUUUGGAAUCGCGUGAAACGAAUGCACCAUUCAGUCGAUUCACGCCUCCGUGGAAUUCCCGUUUGUUGAUGUGUCAAUGACAAAAGACAAUCCGAAUGCAAGCACACAACUUUUCUGGGACCGGAUGGGUUUCGGUGGAGCAGACGAUAGCAGUCUCUUUGCACUCCUCGUUGACAAAACGAAAUGCCAGGGCAAAAACCGACCCGUCACAGCAACAAGAUUGCCAAAAGAUACGAUGCGCAGUUUCGUGCGUUCGAUUUCCCGGUGAACAGGUAGUUUCCCUCUUGCUGCAGGGGACGGCAAGCACGRACCGAAAAGGGAUGCUUGCGUGGCUCCUUGGCAAUGAAAUCUGUCUUUGAUCCGGUUCGCGUGAGAUGGAAUACCGAAUCACGAUAUUUUGAAUUUUGCGGAAGCGAUUCGAUUUUACAAGUUUCCGACAUCAGGUUUUCAUCUCGUAGAACAGCAUUUAAUUAUCGCGACACGGAAGUUGCGCCGUAUAACUGUCUAGAUCAGAUAUAAACAAUGGGUAGCAUCAGGGAUGUGUAGAGUUGAUAAUGGGGUUCAACAAAGCGGUUUGGGAUUGGUAGAACAUGGCUUUCAACAAUAGCGUCCGAUACUAGAUAGAUUACCAGUAAACAAUUCGAUGUAAA